AUGAUCCUCCACGCUGGAAACCUUCUCUGGGCUGGGGGAAUCAUCACCAUUGCAGCAAAUGCGGAAGCCCAUUAUCGGCGUCGAUGUGCUUAUGGUGACGACUGCUGGCCGGAUUCUCAGACUUGGAAUGACUUCAACGCCACUGUUGGUGGGCGGUUGAUUCAGUCCUUUCCAUCUGCUGCUGUGUGCCAUACCCAGAGAUAUAAUGCCAUCAAAUGCGACAUGGCAAAGAGAAGUUGGCUGGACAGCUUUUGGCGAGCGAACCAAACAGGGGCUUAUUCAGCGACCGUCUGGGAGAUGGGUAACACCGGGCAGUGCUUCAUCGAUACUCCUGUGAGCGCUCCCUGCGACCAAGGGCUAGUGCCGUACUUUUCUAUCCGGGCGAAUAGUGUGGAAGAUAUCCAGAAGACUGUAAAAUUUGCUGGCGAGAAGGAUCUCUCACUUGUCAUCAAGAACACAGGACAUGACCACCUCGGUCGAUCAAGCGGUAAAGGAGCCCUCUCAAUCUGGACUCAUAAUCUCAAGGGCAUCGACUGGCAUGACUCGUUUGUCCCACGGGGAGCACCUGCUGCUGUCAAAGGUCUACCUGCUGCAACAUUACAGGCUGGAGAGCAAUGGUUUGACGUAUACCAAGCGGCGGCAAAACAGGGAGUAUUGAUAGUCGGAGGAUCAGCGCGCACCGUCGGGGCAGCCGGAGGAUAUGUGCUGGGAGGAGGCCAUUCGCCAUUUGCACAUUACUAUGGUCUCGCCACCGAUAACGUUUUGGAAAUGAGCAUUGUUUCUGCUGAUGGACGACACCGAGUGAUCAAUGCGUAUUCGGAUCCAGAGUACUUUUGGGCUGUGCGCGGCGGCGGGGGAAGUGCCUGGGGUGUUGUUACAUCGGUGACUUACAAAACUCAUCCUGUUCCACAGAACCUCACUAUUGGGUUCGUUCAACUAAACGCAACCGACAGGUCCAGCUCCACCCGCCUCACUUCUGAAUCCCUAAAACUCAUCCCAGCCGUUACAGACGCAGGCUAUACCGGGUAUGGCUCGUUUACGCAGGGCUUCCAAGCAAUCUUCCUCCAACCCAACGGGACAAUAGAAUCUUUUAACCAGACUUUUGCUCCGUUUUCUAACUUGACACAGCUUCCCGGUGUCACUGGAGCGCUUGCAGCCUAUUCUGCGACCUGGAACGACUAUUUGAGAACCCUCCUGCAAGACCCUAAUAUUGGGACUAACAUUCAGGACACGUCACGACUAUUGACAGCGGAGGUAAUCCGAGAUAAAGCCGACGAUUUGGCGGAGUUGAUUGUCGACAAUGAUCAAGCUGCAGGAUUUAACUUCAGUAAGGAGGGUCCUGUUUUCAGCAUUGGCAAAGUCAACACCAAGGAACGCGAUAAUACUGCCGUCCAUGAGAUCUGGAAACACAGCCAUGCGCUUCUGAGUAUCUCAGUAAACUGGCCGGAUAAUGCAACAGCCUGCGAAAAGGACGAGAAGCGACACCAGAUGGUGCAGCUGAGCAAGCGCUUUACUGAGAUUGUUGGUCCAGACGGAGGGACAUAUGUAAACGAAGCCAGUCCGUACGAACCCCAAUGGCAAAGAGUCUUCUGGGGAAAGAAGUAUGAGCGCUUGCUCUCUGUCAAGAAGCGGGUGGAUCCAACCCAGUUGUUUGUGUGCAAUAGGUGUGUCGGGACAGACUUGGUGCUGCAGCCCUAG